GAAACGUAUAUAUGCGUGUUUUCACUAUGCUUUUCCUCUGUCAAAAGCAAUCUCUCACAUUCCCGAUACACUAAACUUCUAUUCACAUUCAUCUGAUUUUAACAUUUCCCGUAUAAAUUCGGAAUCGCAGUUAUAUCAACCAUUGUACUAAGUUCAAUUUUCCAAUUCUUUGUUUCCCAGAUUUUUUGCUCCAGCUGCAGAUUCUUGAGUAGAGAUUCUACUGGCAUUUUCAUUAUUGUUUGAGGGCUCCUGAAUUAUUUUGAUUGAAUGGAUGUGGAGGGAGCCGGUACUUGGUCAGGAAAUGGUGCAGAAUCUGUAGAAUCUCAUUCCCGUCCAGUUCGACGACAUCUGAAUAAUGCUGUAUAUCAGUUUACUCAACAAAAUCUUCCGGCAUGUAAACCUGUCCUGACACCAGCAUGGGUUAUUUCAAUGUUUUUCUUGAUAGGCGUCAUUUUUAUUCCAAUUGGACUUCUCUGUCUUCAUGCUUCUGAAAGUGUUGUUGAGAUUGUUGACAGAUAUGAUACAGAUUGUGUGCCAGAUCAUCUCAAGGGCCAAAAAGUUACUUACAUCAAAGAUAGCUCAGUUUCAAAGAAUUGUACCCGAUACUUAAAGGUGCCCCAAAAUAUGAAAGCUCCAAUUUACAUCUAUUAUCAACUUGAUAACUAUUACCAGAACCACAGAAGGUACGUUAAAAGCAGAAGUGAUAAACAGCUUUUACAUGGACUAAAGUACAAUGAUACAAGUUCUUGUAACCCCGAAGGCGAAAAUAAUGGUCUCCCAAUUGUUCCUUGUGGUUUGAUUGCAUGGAGCUUGUUUAAUGACACAUACUCCUUUUCCCGCGGAAUAGAUGCUCUAAAAGUCAACAGGAAAAAUAUUGCUUGGAGGAGUGACCGUGAACACAAAUUUGGGAAGCAUGUUUAUCCAUACAAUUUUCAGAGUGGGUCUUUAAUUGGUGGUGCAACAUUGGACCCUAAAGUUCCUCUAAGUGAUCAGGAGGAUCUCAUUGUAUGGAUGCGUACUGCUGCUCUCCCUAAUUUCCGUAAAUUAUAUGGAAGAAUUGAAGAGGACUUAAAUGAAGAUGAUUUAAUUAUGGUGAAGCUUGUAAACAACUACAACACUUACAGUUUUGGUGGAAGGAAGAAACUUGUUCUUUCAACAACCAGCUGGCUUGGUGGCCGGAAUAACUUCCUUGGAAUGUCCUACAUUGCUGUCGGCUCUUCAUUUAUCUUCCUCGCUUUUGUCUUCUUAUUACUUCAUGUGAAAAAUCCAAGAUGGAUUUCUAUGAAAGAUGCCUCCUGGUAUAUAAAUGAAGUUAUAUCAGAUAUUUUCAGAAGAAAAAGAUCCAAAGUAUACAUUGCAGAAUUUGCGAACAAUUCAUACAAUCAGCCUGUGGCUUGAUAUGUAGCAAGUGUACCUUUUGCUGAUAAUUUAUUUGUAAGCAUAUAUUGUUUUGUACAGCUUAUAUGAAAGACUAUGAAGAGGCUAUUAUUGGUGUUCAAGUGGUCAAUUUGCAUUCGCUAUCCGAUACUGUUUCCUUUGAGAAUACAAUUUGUGUAUAAUUAGACACCAUUAAAUUACUCUUA